AUGCCGCCAACUUUCAUGGUUGCCAAUGCCGUCUCUUCCAUCGGUUCCGCGCUACGAAUACCUCAGCUCAUCCUGCGUGCCGUCCUUUUCCUGGUGUCUGUAAAUAAUAUUCUUCUUCCUCUUACAACUACCUACACACACACACGCGAGCUACCAGAGCCAUCUAUCGCAUUGGAAUUCCGCAAGCGUCCCGUCUUAUCCUUCGUCUCCCGUUAUACCCGAGGGCAAUAG